AUGAACACAACAGCUUCUGUGACAUCAUUAUCACUCGAAGAUAUUAUAGCAAAGAUAUCUCGUCAGGGAAAUAAAGUUGAUCUUUCGUUUUUGAAAGACAAUCCACAAGCGCAAACGAUGUUAUUAUUAGCACUUCUACAGACUGUAAACCCUGCUUCCACGGCUACUGAAAAUACUACAGCAACAACACCCACACCAAUGAAUAAUUUGAAUCAUCAACAAUUAGGUCAAUUAAUAGCUGCUCUUUACCCUACCUCAUCUUUAUCUCAAACUCCUAAAUCAAAUGGCUGGGCAAUAGACGAAUCAAUUGCAAAACCAGCAAAAGAGACCAAAUCAGCAAAGAAAAAGGUCGGACGUAAGCCAGUUACCAGCGACGAAGAUAAUUCUGAUGAUCCUAAAUUGAAAAGAAAAGCCCAAAAUCGAGCUGCUCAAAGGGCAUUUAGGGAAAGGAAGGAGAACGAAGUUCGGCAACUAGAACAAAAAUUAAAAGAACUGGAAGAAAGUUUGAGCACGUAUAAGAAUGUAGAACUUGCCGAGGAGAAUCGAAAAUUAAAAGAUUCGAUAGCCGAAUUACGAAGAGAAAAUGAAUUAAUUAAAGCUUCCACGACAUCCUUUGAUAAACCCCUUACUGCAUUUUUAAAGGAUACGGAUGGAGAACGACCUUCUAAGUUAAUACGACAAAACACUCGAUCGGCAUCACCCAACAGUAGCAAUAGCCAUAAUAGCUACUCUCCAGAAACAGAAGAUGAAAUGAAUAGUAGGAACAGCAAUAAGAGAAGUAACAGUAAAAGUAGUAGUAGCGGUAACAGUGAUAUCAGUAGCAUUGUGUUCACUCCGCAAAUGACAAUUGAAGAUAUAUUGAAUCUCGAUUCUACAAACUCACCUAUGACAACACCUUCGGCAUCAUCCAUUUCUACGAUGCCCAUUUCGAACAACAUAUUUACGAAUGAUCUGUUUGGUUCGAUAUCCUAUCCUAUUCCAAUGGAGACAGCCACAACUAUGGAUUAUAGUAAACAAUUGAAUGAUCUUCUGAAAGAACAUAGAACGACACUUUCAACAGACCCAAGUCAGUUUGAUUUCUUCUACCCUCUUCCAUCAAAUACUACUGCUGCUAUUGUUCCCACAGCGGCAGAUAAUAUACUUAUGAAUACUACUGACAAUUCAGUGCCAGUUAGCUUUGGUGACACUACAACUGCCGCUGCAACUGCUGCUACUAUGACAGGUGUUGAAACGACGGAGACAGCUAAAGAAGAUGUAGCCACAUUCAAAUCAGAAAAUAUAACCAAUGUAUGGGAUAAGUUAUCAGAACAUCCUCGUUUCUCCGAAUUUGAUUUGGAUUUACUCUGUGAUGAAAUGAAGCAUAAAGCUGUUUGUACUGAACCCUGUAAUGAUACGAAUGCGACGACACACGAAAAAGAAUUAUUAUCUUUGAUUGAAAAGCAUUAUCCUGUCGAAUAA